CCUGGCCCCUGCCCGGCCCCACCCCCCGGGGGCCGCCUCCCCCCACCUCGCGGCCCGCAGGCCCACGUCGCUAGAAUAUUUGGAUAUUCGGGCCGGGUCAAGGGAAGGCCCUCGGCGGGCCGCAGCCCAUGGCGCCCAAGAAGCAGCGCGGGGCCAGCGUGGGGCGCCGGCCGGGCGCGGGGGGGGACGGCGCCGAGCCGCCGCUGUCGGAGCGCGCACAGUACCUGCAGCGCGAGGACACGCGGCUCUCGGAGGAGCUGGGCGCCUGCCAGGCGCGCGUGGACCAGGUGCUGCGGGACAACGCCUUCCUGGACGCCGAGGCGCUGCGCCUGCGCGAGGAGAACCGGCUCCACGCCAGCUCCGCGAGCGCGCGCGGCCGCCGCUGCCCCCGCGCAGUGGUGCGACUGGACGAGCAGCACCGCGCGGACCUGAGGCAGCUCCAGUGGCAGCGGGCGGAGCUGACCUCGCUCUUCCGCGGCCGCGAGGACGGCGUGCGCACGCAGCUGCUGGAGAGGGAGGCGCGCGCGGCGCAGAUGGCGCGGCAGGUGCAGGAGCUGCAGCCCUACAAGGAGCUGCAGCUGGAGCAGUUGGCCCGCAUCCGGGCUCUGGAGCGCGAGCUGCUGCACAUGCGCGUGGAGCACACGCAGCUGCUUCGCCGCGUGAAAAGGCGUUUCCUGGAGGACAAGGCGGCCUUCGAGCGCGAGGCGCGUCAGCGGGUGCAGUCCCUGGCGCGACGCGCCGAGCGGGAGGCGGCCCGGGCACUCAUCGCGCACACGCAGGCCAUCAGGGCGGACAACGGGCGCCUGCGGCAGGAGCUGCUGCGGCUGCUUCGCUGGGCUCAGGGGCUGCACCACAUGCGGCGCCAGCUGCUGGAGCAGCGCGAGCAGCUGCGGCGUGAGCACCAGGACACUCGGGACCUGUCCAAGGAGACCCCGGACACUGACGCUGCAGCGGAAGCCGCCCGUGGAGACGUGGAAUCGCGAGAGGCCGUGGGGGGCGUGUGAAGCUUGGAGAAAAGUUGCCGAGUACAGAGAACUCCCGCACAUGGUUUAUCAAGAACCGCCGGCAGUGUGCAUUCUGCCCUGUGUCUGUGUCUGCAUUUUGUUCCUGAACCACUUGAGAUUAGGUUCAAGACCCCAGGCCCUUUUGCUUAAAGGAUUUAACAUCCUUUAGUGUUACUGAGCACGAGCAUGUUCUCCUACUACCCCAGUACAAUGAUCCAAAUCCAGAAGUGUGGUACAGAGAAGACAGUAUUGGCUAAGCCACAGGUCACAUGCACCUGCUGUCUGCUGUCCCAACAGCAUCCUUUGUGGCUCCGCCUCUGGCAGGGCUGCACAUUGCAUUCAGCUAUCAGUCCCAAUGUGCCUAGGCUGGCCCCGACGAUGUCCCAUGGUUGUGGUUUGUAUUCACCCACAGCCAUACCUAGGGAGGACCAGCAGCUGGGGGGUGGGGGUAGGCCCUGCUGCUCUCAUGCCCUCAAUCCUGGCCCUAGGGCAGGGACUUCAUCCCCAGCACAGAGGGAAGGUUCUUAAAAAUUCUGGGUCUUUGGCUGCACAUUGCCAGCCGGCGUCAGAGAGGCCCAAACAGGAGGUGGCCAUGGCUAGAGUGGCUGGUGCCCUUCUGGAGGGAGGGUGCUCCCCAAAAACGGUGGCCUACAGACCAGGGGUCCAAGCAGCCAGUCCUGAUGGCCGUUAACCUUAAAAAUGAAAGGGCCAGUUAUUUGACCAGCAGAAAUGGGUCUGUUCAGGAACAGCAGGGAAUUGCAACCCCCAGGCAAGUCAGCUAGGGCAGGAGGCAGGUGAGCCCUGGGAACAAAGAAGCUCUACAGGCUCAGGCCAGGGGGAGCUGGGAGGGGCGGCUGUAAAGAGAGUGUCCCUUGGCCUGAGCGGAGCUGGACCUGUAGCGGCUUCUCAUUGGCUGGGCUGUUGGCGGAGAGGGAGGAAACCAUCCUUCCCCAGGGGGCCUGGAGGGCUGCAGUGACUGGCGAGGCCCCAGCUGGCUCUGUGGGGACAAGAUGCAGGGGCUGCAAGAGGUCCCCCUACUGGCUUCCCAGCUCCCCCCCCCCCUAUUAUUUUCACAGCUCCCGUGGAAGGGGAUGGUCAGGGCAGGCGGAACCGGGACUGGACCCGGGCGUGGUGGAGACAGGAGUUCAGAUCACAGGUUUAAAAUGGAGCUUUUAGUCAUCAAGGGCAGUGCACACUGAGGGUGAGCCACCCCGGGGAAGUGGGCAGAAGCCCUGGCCUGCCUCACCUAGCGGUAUUUGGGGUUCUGUAUGCUUUGGCCACACCCCCCACCGUGAAACUUUGGUUUAAACGUUCUGGUCCGGGAUCCCUGGGUGGCGCAGAGGUUUGGCGCCUGCCUUUGGCCCAGGACGCGAUCCUGGAGACCCGGGAUCGAAUCCCACGUCGGGCUCCCGGUGCAUGGAGCCUGCUUCUCCCUCUGCCUA